AUGAAAAUAAACACCAAGAAAAUAAAGAAAAUAUUUUGGUUAUUAUUACCAAAUGAAUUUCAUACACAAAAUUUAUCAAAUAUUUCAAUAAUUAAUUCACAAACAUUAUUUUUAAAAUGUGUUCAUCGUGAUCAAUUUGAUUUUCAUCAAUUACCCUUGAAAUCACUUUUAAAAUUAUCUGGAAAAGAAUUUUGUAAAAAAUAUUCAUCAACAUUACUUAAAGCACAUGGCUCUGCUGCUAUAUUUCCUUUAAUUUUCAAAUAA